AUGGACCGUGAAGCAUUCGUUAAAGGGCAGCUGGAAGCAGUGCACAAGGCGCUGACUAAAUAUGAGGUUCCUCUGAAACCCAAACACGCACGUCGUCUUAUUGUGGGCACUCAUACAGAAAGGUCAUCAGCCGUUUUCUGGAAUGCUGUCAACAGGAUACAACUGGAAAAAAAUCCGGUGAUGACAUGGAAGUUUUGCCAUCUUUUACAUAAGCUGAUACGCGAUGGACAUAGGCGAGUUCCCGAGGAAUCACAUAGGUUCAUUUCCCGUAUAAAACAAUUGGGACAGUUUUGGAAACAUCUUAAUACUUCCGGAUAUGGUAUUUGCAAUGAGACGUACAGUAAGCUUCUUGUAGACAGACUGGAGUUCCAUCGAAAGGUAAUCUCAUUUUUAAUACGUGAUCAGACUAUCAAUUUGUGGCUAUUUUAAAA